GCGGCGUACUCUGUGUGUACAACCAGUGGUGCGUAGUCAACAACAAGGCAGACAAACUUCAGACAAGCGCAACGUCACACAUCACACAUCUGCUCGCUGUUGUUGGACUCUUCUAAUACCAACCAAGACCUCAGAGACAUGCACUAUGAUAAAGCGCCAAAGGAGAAGCCAUGCUACACUCAGCCCACAGUGAAAAAACUCCUGGAACAAAAGAGGAAGCGAGAGAUGUCGUCGGGGCUCACCUCUUACCCCGCAAACACAACUGGUCACAACAUGCUUACUCACCUGCAGGCGUCAGAACAACAGACAUGUGCAGGUGCAUCAAGCAGCUAUACAGAAAUGCCAGCUAUGAGCUGUGAGCUGUGGGCCCCCCUGCAGGAACCUGCUCUAUCUUAUGACCCCAAUCAACCUGGACCAAGCUUCCCUAUGGGCUAUAAUGUCCCAUUGGAGUCCGCUUUCAGUUCGCAGCAGCAGCAUCAUCCAGGAUUUGAGUCUCAGUCUUACGAGUGCCAGAUGGCAGCUGCAAAUCAGGGCGCAGCGUCUACUUGGACCCUUCUCGGACCCAGUCAGCCCCCCCAGCCAACUUUUGGGUCCUGGUUGGACACCGACACACUCGAGAAAGCCAGGAUGAUGAUGAGAGAAAUGGACUACAGUAAAAUCAUCGGCCAGGAUGAAGAUGGAGACACCAUUCUGCAUAUCUGCACAGCUAAGGGUCUCAGGGAGUGGGCCUUUGCCGCAGCAGAGAAGCUGAGGGAUUUGGGGAAGCUUGAUGCGAAAGAGCACAAAGGCAAAACUGCCUUAUUGGUGGCCGUGACAGCAAACCAGCCAGACAUUGUUCACGAUCUGCUGACAUUUGGAGCGGACAUUAAUGCUUGUGAUGACAAAGGGCAAAAUGCUCUUCAUCUGGCUGCCCACGAUGGCCUACCAAGGAUAAUGCAGGUAAUUCUGUCCAAUAAACCUGCUGUCAACCUGGAGGCCAGAGAUUUUGAAGGUAUGACCCCUUUGCACUGUGCAGCCAUUUCUCACAGUGUCACCAUGAAGGCCUUGUUUGCCUGUGGGAUGGCCGAUGUUAACCUUCAGGCUAAAGCUGAAGAGAAGCUCUGCUGUGUGCAGGUGCUUCUCAAUGCAGGCGCUUCGUCACUCAGCCAGGAAAUUAAAAGUAGCAAGACAGUUCUACACUUGGCUGUGAAGGAAGGGAAUGUGGACCUGCUUCACUAUCUGCUCAGCAUCCCCAUGCAUAAUGUCAAAGACUUUGUCAACAUGAAAGCGCACGGCCACACAGCUUUACACAUGGCGGCCUGUCUCCAUGGCAACCCCCGGCAGGAGGAGAUCCUGCGGCUCCUUCUGAGCAAAGGAGCUGAUCCUAGCAUCCGCAAUAUGGAAAACGGCCUACCCGCGCAUCUUCUGCAGGGCGGCCUGCAAGGGGAGCAGCUUAAACUCUUGCUGAAGAAACGUCGACGUCCAGUGGCCCCGCAUGACCAGGAAUGAUUGAAAGUCUUCCAUGAAGAAGGGAUGACAGAAAGGCGUUUGAGGUUAAUUCACAUUGGAUUUCAACUCUUAAAAAUGAUUCGCCACUAGCUGCUUUUCAAGUACAGAACAAGUUCAUAUUUAUAUUUUAUUUUCUAUGAGGCAUUCAUAUUGAGGACCUUUUAAUUCCAAUUACAAACCCAUGCUGUUUGGAAUAUUUUAUAUAUUUAUUUUUUCUCACAUUUUGAAUUAAGUAUAUGUCACUCGACACAAUAUCAGGUUAUGAUUAUCAUCUUUGAUAUUGUAUGAAUCUUCUUAGAUUGUGGUUGUGUAUCUCAGUACCAAAGUUAAAUCAGUGGCUGGGUGAUGAGAGUUCUCAUUUUGCUAAAAUUCUUUGAUUUCUAUGAAAUCAAUGGAGGACUCAGAAAUCAUAAUGAUGGCAUUGGCCGUGAUGCUGCUGCUGAAUUCAAUCAGCACGUUUACUUAUGUUGACAUUGAUGACAUGUUGAAAAUGACCUGUAUGCAUCAUACUUCUAGAUGUAGUUUACUGUGUAAAACUACUUUAGUUUGUUCUACGUCUCAUGACCAAAGCGUGACGCAGUGCAUGCCAGGAGUGAGUCAUGACCCAAACAAAAGUCAUGUUUGGGAUAUUCUUAUGAGCAUGGGGGAAAUUGAAUCACUCAAAGGAAAGUUUGAACAACUGUCACCUUCAUUUCACAAAAAUCCCAACGUCUCGAUUACUAUGAUCUGAAACCAUUAAGAGGGGUAAAAUUUGAAUUUGACUGUAAUUUCAGUGAGAAAAAUAAAUGUUGAGGUCUCUGA